AUGUUAACUUCGGUGCAAUCGGAUCCUGAACCUGGAUCUGAUUGCAUAAGAGUGUUUGUCACGCUCGCUGAACGUGCCGCUCCGCUAUAUGUAUCUACAUCUACGCUUGAAUGGUGUGGGAUGUGGCGAAGCAAACAAAUGGAGUGGUUGAAGAGAUGUGUUAGUAAAGAAGGGCGCGAGGACACGGUUGGCCGGGAGAUACAAGAUGAGGACGCCCUCGAGACGCCGCUGGAGCGCCGUCAGCGCUGGCGCAGCGUCUACGUUAUCUACUUCACCAUGUUUCAGAUGUCCCUGGGCUUCAGUAUCGUGCUCACUGGCGUGUGGCCAUACCUCGACAAGUUGGAGCCGGGCACAAAGAAGGAGAUGCUGGGGUUAGCAGUGGGCGCGAGUCCUUUGGGGCAGUUGUUGUUGUCCCCACUGCUGGGACUGUGGGCCAACCGCGCGGGCAGCGUGCGCGCGCCGCUCGUCGCCACCAUGACUCUCUUCGUGAUGGCCUCCGCGUUGUACUCGCAGCUGCAUCUCACCCGCCCCUACGCGCUCUACUGCAUGCUGAUCGCCAGGUUCCUUAUAGGAGUUAGUUCUUCAAACGUGGCUGUAGCCCGCGCGUACUUGUCGGCUGCCACACUAGCAGGCGAGCGCACACGUGCCGUGGCAGCCGUGUCGCUGGCGCAGGUGCUGGGUUUCGUAGCGGGCCCAGCGUUGCAGGCAGCCGCCGCACCACUAGGCUCCGCGGACGAGUCUCCAGGCCUCCACCUUGACAUGUAUAGCGCGCCUGGUGCUAUCAAUGGAGUGCUCGGCUUCAUCAACCUGCUGCUACUGUUGCCUUGCUGCUUCCAGGAGACCGACAUUGCGCUGCGGGAAGCGGUUCGAGCACGCGGUGACCGAUCAGAGAAGGAGGUGUUGAAGGCGCUGAAGCCGGACUACAUCAGCAGCUGGAUGCUGGUGGGCGCGUUCUUUGUGCUGGUAUUCAACUUCGUACUACUGGAGACGCUGGCCACGACGCUGAGCAUGGAGCAGUUCGGGUGGGGCAAGGCGCAAGCGCUGCAGUACAUGGGCGCGCUCAUGUCCGCAGGCGCUCUCGUUGCCUGCCUCGUAUUCGCCGCCAUCCCACCACUGACCCGCCGCUUCGAGGAGCGGGCACUGCUAGUGUGGGGCGGCUUUCUACCGACGGCCGCGGCGUCGCUGCUCUGCAUCCCGUGGGGUCCUGGCCCACCGCCUCUUGCUGUGCCCGGCCAACACGAGGCGCUCGGUGGUUGUCCACAGGAGACGCAGCCGUGGUGUGCGGAAUCACGAGCGCUGUCGCUGGUGCAGUUCCUCCUGGCGUACGCCUGCGUGUCGGUGGGCUACCCGCUCGGCGUCACGCUUAUACAGACUAUCUUCUCCAAGGUGCUGGGCCCCAGGCCACAGGGCGUGUGGCAGGGCGUGCUGGCGGGCGCGGGAUGCGCGGCGCGCGCGCUGGGCCCGCUGCUGGUGGCCGGCGUAUACGCACGCCGCGGCCCGCCCGCCGCCUUUGCCGUCACCGCCGCGCUCACGUUCGCUGCGCUGCUCGCCCUGCGCGCCGUCUACCCGCGCCUGCUCCUGCCUGCCCCCGCCUCACCCCCGCCGCCCUGCGAGCUGCAGCCGUUGGCGCACCGCGACCGUAACCCGGAUAACACGUGA